AUGAUUAGAAAACUUUUUAUGGUCCUGCUUUUGUCGUCUGUGACUCUUGGGGAGGCAAGGAAAUCGUUUCUCAGUUUUCUGAACAUAGAAAAGACUGAAAUACUAUUUUUCACAAAGACUGAAGAAACUGUUGUUGUAAGGUCAAGUUACAGAGAUAAACAGCCAAACUCCAGCUACCUCUUUGUGCAACUAGAAGAUCCUAAAAUGCUCCAAGUGGUGAAGGUGACUAAGACCUUAUCAGAUGUUACCAACUUUACCGUAAACCUGGUGACAGAUGAAGACGGGGAGACAAAUCUGACCAUUCAAUUGUGGGAUUCUGAAGGUAGGCAAGAAAGACUUAUUGAAGAAAUAAAGAAUGUCAAAGUCAGAGUGCUCAAACAAAGACAAGACAGUCUUUUCCAGACAUCAAACCUUAUUGAUAGAAAUAUCCUUAUGCUUUUUCCACCAAUGAUACUGUUAAAUAAAUGUGCGUUUGGUUGUAAGAUUGAAUUACAGGUGUUUCAAACAAUAUGGAAAAGACCUUUGCCAAUAAUUCUUGGGGCAGUUAUACAGUUUUUUCUUAUGCCAUUUUGUGGAUUCCUUUUGACGCAGAUUUUGGCAUUGCCUGAAGCACAGGCUUUUGGAUUUGUAAUGACCUGUACCUGCCCAGGAGGGGGUGGGGGCUAUCUGUUUGCUCUGCUUCUAGAAGGAGAUGACACUUUGGCCAUUUUGAUGACUUGCACAUCAACGUUAUUGGCCCUGAUAAUGAUGCCUGCCAAUUCGUACAUAUACAGUAGGAUGUUAGGGUUAUCAGGUGCUUUGCAUAUUCCUGUUUCUAAAAUUAUGUCAACACUCCUUUUCAUACUUAUACCUAUAUCAGUGGGAAUAAUCAUCAAGCAUAGACUACCUGAAAAAGCAAACUUCCUGGAGAGGAUCAUUAGACCUCUGAGUUUUAUUUUAAUGUUUGUAGGGAUUUAUUUGACUUUCAGAAUGGGAUUAAUGUUUCUAAAAACAGUGAACCUAGAGGUGCUUCUAUUGGGUGUCUUAGUUCCUGCUUUGGGUUUGUCCUUUGGGUACUUUUUUGCUAAGAUUUCUAUGCUGCCUCUUCCUGUUUGUAAAGCUGUUGCUAUCGAAGGUGGGGUACUGAAUAGUUUCUUAGCCCUUGCUAUUAUUCAGCUUGCUUUUUCACGGUCCAAUGCAGACUUGGCUUCUGUGGCUCCUUUCACAGUGGCCAUGUGUUCUGGAUGUGAAAUUUUACUGAUCCUUCUGUUCUACAAGGCUAAGAAAAGAUGUAUCCUUAUCAUAGAGGAGAAAAGAAAGAAAAAUCCCCCGGUCUAA